AUGCGCUCCCUCUACGGUAUGCGAGGUCUCGAGGUCUGCGCCAGCAGCCAUCCUUCUAAUCCCUCAUGCCUCUGCAAAAGCCCUUCUACCUAUACCCCUCACAAGAACACUUUCGCGAUCGGAGCCACCGAUCUAGAACACAAGUUUGCGGCAAUCUUCGAGGAUGAACUUUAUGAUAAUAUUGGACUCAACGUUCUACGGCUCGGUUUUGAUGUUGAGCGUCUCGAGAACCCGAUUACUAUUCACAUUGUUGUGGCCGAUGAAGCCCUUUCCGAGGAUGCUGCCUGCAACAUUAUCUCAAUGAUCCUUAAAGUUAUGAUGGUAGUAGGCCUCGAUUCGAGCGAAAAAGAUUCGAUCUACGUUAAUGUCUGCCGCGCAUCCCGAUCUGAUAUCGACUCGUGCUCCGUCCUUAACAGAAACCUCGAUGUCUACAACUCUCCCACCCGGCUACUAUACUCAUUAAUCGGCCCCAUAGAUAUCAAUUCUGUGGGUACCCUCUCUGGAUACAUCUAGUAUUGCGAUAAGGAUGGCCG